AUGCUGUCCAAAAAUGCCUACCUCUGGUAUUCUUGUAUGGUCAUUGCCAACACCAUGAUCUUAUAUGGCUACGAUUCCUCUACUUUCAACGCUGUUCAAGGAUCCAAGAACUGGCAGAAGUAUUUCCAUGAACCGGAUCCAAAUGUCAUUGGCAGCGUCAACACAGCCUAUACAGUUGGUGGGAUUGUAGCUGGACUUUUUUUCUCCGCACCCAUCUCCGAUCGAUGGGGUCGGAAGAUCGCAAUCAUUGUGGGGUGCUUGGUUGUCAUUAUCGCUACCUUUGUUUCAACCUUUACGCCACGCCACAUCGGUGGUUAUAUUGGAGGCCGUGCUCUUGUAGGAAUUGGACAAGGAAUUGCACUUCCUGCAGGCCCAGUAUACAUCAGCGAGCUUGCCCCUUCCACAACAAGAGGCAAAAUCAUGAGUUUCUGGCAGAUGAACUUCAGCGUCGGAAGUUUUAUGGCCUAUUGGUCAGCAGCGAGAUUGGGAGAUUGGGACUGGAAAACUGUUAUGAUCUGCCACAUUGCGCCAGUUCUCAUUAUUGCAAACAUCUGGCACGUUCCUGAAUCCCCGAGAUGGCUUGUCCAGAAGGAUAGAACAGAAGACGCGCUUGCUGCUCUUCAAAGAUUGCGUGAUUCGCCUGAAGACAUUGAGUUUGAAAUGCAAGAGAUGCAUCAUGCUAUGGCGUUUGAAAAAGAGGCAAUCUCCGGUGCCUACAUGCCUCUGUGGACAGACAAGACUGUACGAUACAGACUCAUGCUCGCAAUCGUUCUCAACGUUGGACAGCAACUGACUGGACAGGGCUCCCUGAACAACUACUCUACAAUUAUUUACAAGAAGGUCUUUUCAGAUAACUCGCAGAUCCAGUUGAUCAAUGCGCUUAACGGUACCUUUGGCAUUCUGUUCACACUCAACGCAACUUGGACAGUGGAUCGAUUCGGUCGACGCUUCCUUUUCCUUGUAGGAGCCGCCGGAAUGGCAGUGAGCAUGCUUGUAGCUGCUGCAGUCGUAACUGAAACUCCAGAGUAUGCAGGAGGAGCAAAAUCGCGAUCAGUUGGAAUCACUACGGUGUUUCUCAUGUUUUUGUUUGCAUUCUUCUUCAAACCCUCUUGGGGUGCGGUUACAUGGAUAUGGAUUGGAGAGGUUUUCUCCAUGAACGUCAGGUCACAAGCCGUAGCCAUCUCUGCUCAAUCUCAGAAUGUUGCCAACGCCGUUCUUCAACAAGUAUUCCCGCUGUUUUUGGCCAAGAAAGGAUUCUACGCUAUGUACUUAUUUUUUGGAAUUAAUAUUGUGCUAUUUGUCUUCGUUUGGUAUAUGAUCCCUGAAACCAAAAACAAAACACUCGAAACGAUGGAUGUACUCUUCGGCGGGGUCAACCACGCUGACAAGGGCGUUAUGAUGGAGGAGGACGGAAAGGUUCAAGAACUCACCGAGAACAUUGAACUUGUAGAAUCACGCAAGAGCCAUGACGCUGAACAGAUUAAGCAAGCCGGAGCAACUAAGGAGAUCAAGGUGUAA